AUGGAAGACCAGCCAGACUCACAAGAAGUCCUCCAAGAAACUCCCGCCGAAGAUGUCUUCCUCCCGCCUUCAGUCGUCAAGUCAAAAGUCCACUCAGGCGACAGCUACACACAUCACUCAGCGAUUCCAACAACGAUUAAAAAUGACAUGACGAUAGAAUGCGUGCUGGGAGUGGAUGAAGCUGGCAGAGGUCCUGUUCUUGGCCCCAUGGUUUACGGCCUAUACUACCUACCUCUAGCAAUACACCGCUCGCUCCUAGCAGACACACACAGAUUCGACGACUCCAAAGUUUUGACGCCCGCCUUCCGAUCCGAACUCAUGGAGAGAAUCUGCACACCCGACACCGACCUUCACGAGAACUCCGGCUGGGCGACACGACUGAUGUCCGCGCAGGACAUCUCAUCAGCAAUGAUGCGACCGAACGGGACCUACAAUCUCAAUGCACAAGCCAUGGACGCCACCAUCGAUCUGAUACAGGAGGUUCUGGACUCUGGUGUGAACAUCCGAGAAGUGUACAUCGAUACCAUCGGCCAGCCAGCUGCGUAUCAAAAGAAGCUUGAGAGAAUCUUCCCAGCACUGGACAUUACCGUUGCGAAGAAGGCCGACAGUCUCUAUCCGUGUGUCUCCGCUGCCUCGGUUUGCGCCAAGGUCACGAGAGAUGCCGCGCUGGAUGUGUUGUAUUCAAGCUACGCUAGCGCGGACGAUGAUGGACUGAUAGCUUGGGGAUCUGGCUAUCCUUCUGACGCGAGAUGCUCGAAUUGGCUCAAGUCGAACAUGGAUCCUCUGUUCGGUUGGGGCAACGAGUGUCGGUUCAGCUGGGGAACUGCAAAGGAGAUGUUGGAGGCCAAGGGCGCGCCAUGUCGGGUUGACUGGCCGGAGUUGAAUGGCGACACGGAUAACAUGAAGCUGACUGGAUUCUUCUUGGGAGCUGAUGAGGAGAAGGAGGAUGAGCUUGGGUCGUGGUUUGGACGGAGAGUCACGGAGGAGGUGUUCUAGGUGGCGGCGGUGCAUCGACAGCAAAGGAGCGCAGAAGCGCCAAAGGCAGUCACGACAUGGGACCAUGCCUGAUAUUGGCGGAAGUCUGGGGAGCUGCUCAAAGG